AUGCAGCGUUUAAGGGAGAGCAUUCACAUACGCACCAUGAAGGCAAAGAGGAAAGUGGAGGAGAUCUCCAAAGAGGACGUCCAGGCUUUCUUCAAGAAGAAUGCCUUUGUGCUCUUCACCGUUGGGGCAGUUAUUGUAGGUAUUAUUCUGGGCUUCACGCUCCGGCCGUACAAGAUGACCUAUCGAGAAGUGAAGUACUUCUCUUUCCCUGGAGAGCUACUAAUGAGAAUGCUUCAGAUGCUUGUUCUCCCUUUACUAGUCUCCAGUCUAAUCACAGGAAUGGCAGCUUUGGACACCAAAGCCUCAGGAAAGAUGGGCAUGAGAGCUGUGAUAUACUACAUGACCACGACUUUUAUCGCAGUCUUCAUUGGUAUCUUAGUCGUCCUCAUCAUCCACCCAGGAAAAGGAUCAAAAGAGGAGUUUGGAAAGCAGCAGAUGAUAGAGCAAAUCAGUCCUGCUGAUGCCUUCUUGGAUCUGAUCAGAAAUAUGUUUCCACCAAACUUGGUCCAAGCCUGUACACAGCAGUUCAAAACCAAAUAUGACAAGCGAGCAGUCCAUGUGACAGUGACAGUGAAUGACACCCUCUUCAACUCCACCAAUGGCACCCAAGAGGUCAUGGAGACCACCAGGGUGGAAGUGAUCCCAGUGGCGGGUCAGGUGAACGGGGUCAACGCCCUCGGGCUGGUGGUCUUCUCCAUGUGCUUUGGUCUAAUAAUUGGCAGCAUGAGGGAGCAGGGCCAGCUCCUGAGGGAUUUCUUCGACAGCCUCAAUGAAGCUAUCAUGCGCCUGGUUGCGAUCAUCAUGUGGUAUGCUCCUAUUGGCAUCAUGUUCCUAAUUUCUGGAAAGAUUGUGGAGAUGGAUGAUCUGACACAGAUGGGUGGCCAGCUGGGCAUGUAUACCAUCACAGUUAUCAUUGGCUUACUGAUCCACGCUGUUAUUAUUCUUCCUACUCUUUAUUUUGCCAUUACUCGGCAAAACCCCUUUAUCUUCAUUGCUGGACUCCUGCAAGCUCUGGUAACAGCCCUGGGGACCUCCUCCAGCUCAGCCACCCUCCCUGUCACCUUUAAAUGUCUGGAGGAGAACAACAAGAUUGAUAAGCGAAUCACACGUUUCGUGCUGCCUGUGGGCGCCACAAUCAACAUGGACGGAACUGCUCUGUAUGAGGCACUGGCGGCCAUCUUCAUUGCCCAGGUCAACAACAUUGAAAUGAACUUUGGUCAGAUCAUCACCAUCAGUAUUACAGCAACUGCAGCCAGUAUUGGAGCUGCUGGCAUCCCUCAGGCAGGCCUGGUCACCAUGGUGAUUGUACUGACCUCUGUCGGACUUCCUACUGAUGACAUCACUCUCAUUAUUGCGGUUGAUUGGUUCCUGGACCGUCUGCGUACCACAACCAAUGUUUUGGGGGAUUCGAUUGGAGCCGGCAUUGUGGAGUUCCUGUCUCGACACGAGCUACGCAGCAAAGAUGUGGAGAUGGGAAACUCAGUGCUGGAGGAGAAGGAACGGAAGAAACCUUACAAGCUCAUCUCCCAGGAUAGUGAUUUUGAAAAUGACAAACGUGCUCACAGUGAAUCAAACAUGUAGUUCAAACCUCAUCAUCUGUAACAUCUGGUAACACAUACACCUGGUUCUGUUUUGGUGAGCAGGGACCUAAUUGUGACAUAUUGUUGUCAUAGUGUCAUUAUUUCACAUGUUAUUAACAUUUCUUUAUGGUCAUAAAGUGAAUUUCUUACAUUCCUCGUUCAUCCGAAAUUGCGGAGAUGACUUAUAUAUAUAUAAUAUAUGAAUCUGUCAUUUGUUUCAAAUAGGUUGGCAGUUUCUGUUUUGUCUGUUUACCACUUUAAUGGUGUUUUGAAAUAUACAACAGAGCAUCUAAGGCCAUUAAGCAGGAAAAGAAAGUAGGCUGCUGGGUAUGAACAGUCCCAUACAGUUAUGGAUGGUAUCAUAAGGAAAGUGACUGCAUUUGAAGAGGUUAUGUGAAGAAAUCAUACAUUCAGAGUUUUACCAUCUUAUCAUCAGGACAUGGUUAACUGAACUCAAAAUCAAAUCUUAUCUAUAUUGUCCCAAUAUUAGCUUGUUAAUAUUGUGGUUAUUACAGGUUAUUACAGACAUUUUAUGAUAUUUGUGUUUCAGUGGUGUGAGACUUUCUCACACAUCUAGAAUUGCAAAUGCAUGUGUGUGUGCACAUCCAAAUUUUGACUGUGUGUGUUGAUUUUUCUACCAACAUUGCUCAUUUACUGUAGAUAAGAGACAGGUGAAUGUGUUGGAUCAUUACUGCAUGUUAAAGGCUCUGAAUUCAUGAUGAAGGUGUGAAACAGAUAUUCAAGUCUUGACCGAAAUUCAUCAACUUUUUGUGAAAACAAUCUUAGUUUUUGUUUAUUAUAACUUCAGUGAAAUAAACAGGAAAAUGCC